AUCAUCAUCUUAUAACGAAAAAAAAGCCUACAAAUAAAUCCCCAAAAGCAUGUACAUAUAAAUAUAUACACAAUAUAAAUGUUAUAUAUUAUAAUAUUUUAUAGACACAUAUUUUUUUAUUUGUUUAUUUAUCUGUAUUCGCAUAGCGUGCACUGGAGCGCCGGAGACCUCUUGUGACUACAUAUCCCAUAGUCCUUCGCUCCAUGAAAUCACGCAUCUCGCGUUGUAGCUGAUGUUGUUUCCACAGAGGGGAGUCACUGGAAUAGUGUUGGAACUGUUGUUUUGGUCUGUUUUAAACCGUGUUUAUACUCUAGUCGUUUCUCUUUAUACAGUAGUGUGUGUACUGUAUAGUGUGUUUACUUGUUUUUAUGCGUUGAAGGAUCAUUUCGGGAGGCAAAAUCACCGUUAAAGGGAACGUUUUUUGGGAAAGAAGAUGGGAAUGCGAUUACAUCUCUAACGGAUAAAGCAAACAUUAAGAAACCCUGAACUCUAAAGUCUUUCCAAGACUGUCUUCGAUCCAGAACAUUUCAUAUUAGCUAGCUAACUACCAGGACUGAACUUGCACGUGAACAUGGGUUCAGUACUUAGUCGAAGAAUUGCGGGAGUGGAAGACAUCGAUAUUCAAGCCAAUUCUGCUUACAGAUAUCCUCCCAAAACAGGAAAUUACUUCACCAGUCAUUUUUUCAUGGGAGGGGAAAAAUUUGACACCCCGCACCCUGAGGGUUAUCUGUUCGGAGAAAAUAUGGACCUAAAUUUCCUGGGCAACAGACCUGUUCAGUUUCCCUAUGUGACCCCUGCACCACAUGAACCUGUGAAGACCCUGAGGAGCCUGGUGAACAUCAGGAAGGACUCUUUACGGCUUGUUAGGUACAAAGAUGAUGCUGACGGCACGAUUGAGGACGCUGUAAAUCCAAGAGUCCUGUACGGUGUGGAGUUCUCUUUUGAUACUGAUGCCAGAGUGGCCAUCACUGUAUACUGUCAGGCCUUUGAGGAGUUCUCUAAUGGAAUGGCAGUGUAUACUCCUAAGACUCCGGCUAUGGUGUCUGAAACAGUCCAUUUCAAAAGAGGGAUAAAUCAGCAGUUCUCUCUGCCAUCCUUUAAGAUAGAUUUCACUAAAUGGAAAUCGGAGGAGUUAAACUCUGAUUUAGACAGAGGUGUAUUCCCUCUUGUGAUUCAGGCGGUCGUGGAUGAUGGAGAUGAUGUCGUAGGACAUGCUCAUGUACUUUUAGCAGCAUUUGAAAAGCAUGUUGACGGCAGUUUUUCAGUGAAGCCUUUGAAGCAGAAGCAAAUAGUUGAUCGAGUGAGCUACCUUCUGCAGGAGAUUUAUGGCAUCGAGAAUAAGAACAACCAGGAGACUAAGUCUCCAGAGGAUGAGAACAGUGACAACAGCAGCGAGUGUGUGGUGUGUCUGUCUGACCUGCGUGACACACUCAUCCUCCCCUGCAGGCACCUGUGUCUCUGCAAUGCGUGUGCUGACACACUGCGUUACCAGGCCAACAACUGCCCUAUCUGCCGACUGCCUUUUCGUGCACUGCUGCAGAUCCGUGCAGUGAGGAAAAAACAGGCUGGCAUGCUGACUUCUGUCUCCUUCAGUCCAGUGCUGUCACAGAGCUCAGACCACACAGAAAAUACGAACUCUGAGAACAUUCCUCCGGGGUAUGAGCCAGUGUCUCUGCUAGAAGCUCUGAACGGGGUGCAGGCUGUGCCUUCUGCCAUCCCUUCAGCCCCUCUCUACGAGGAGAUCCGGUUUUCAGGAGAAGCAGCUGACCCUCUGAACCUGAUCAGACGACAGCAGAACAUGGUGGAGCACAGCGCAGACCCAGCAGCACUCAAAGGAAGCAAGUCACCUGAUGGGUCUGUACACUCUCCAUCAUCUCCCAUCCAAGAAGAGGAGGAAGAGGAGAGACUAUCGGAGCUUUCUGAUGCUCAGCCUCACUCUGUGCUGCCUUACAGUCCAGCUCCCACUGAGGCUACAGUAGAUGGGGAAGCCUCUGAACCUGGAUCUCCAAACACAGGUUCAGAGAGCAGGACGCUUGGUAUGUCUGUGAGUGAAAUCAUGCAGGACUGUCACAGUGCCCGCAGCAGCCUGAGUCGCACUGAGAGUGACCCUUCAGCUGACAUGGCUCUGCCUGGUUCAUCUGGGUCUAUUGAGAGUCUGAAGAGCCAGAGCACCAGCAGCUCCAGCCAGCCUCUGCUCUGCCUCCCCAGCAGCCUACACAUGGAGGACGAGCGCCUCAGCCCAUAGCAGCAGCAGCAUCAGCAUGCUUUCCUCUGCUUCCAUUAGCACUCUUAUGUCUCUUAUGUUUAUCCUUAAGCCUUGUCGGCCUUUAAUCAAGAGCGCCCUGCUCAGAAUUGACACAACACACCACAAUCGCUAAUGCCUGUCAAUUAACAGGCCACUUUGGAUUGGUUGUGAUAUGCUCACUAUAGACUAUCACAGCUGUAAAGUUCUCACACAUAACCUUAAUUGCCAUUUUCUACUGUAGGGCUGAAAGGUUCUGAGCAUGGAGUGUGUCUUUUCCUGCGCCGUUCAGGAUCAGCUUGUUUGUUAGUGGGGCUUACCGCCUGUUUGUUAGCCAGCAUGCUAACACCGCUGUAGAGAUGUGGGGUGAGGCUGUGUUCAGAUGGAUAACAACACAUCCAGCGAUCUGGGACAUGAGAUCUGCUUACUGACAUGCUAACACUGCAGUAGUGAUGCUGGAUGAGCCUGGUUGCCUACAUGCUAAUGCAGCAGUAGUAAUUUUAGAAGAAGCCAAUAGUAACACUAAAUAAGUGACAGCCACUGCCAACACACAGUGCACUGCCUGGUCCUGAUUAAGCACCACGGCAAAUGGAAAAAGAAACUGUAAUUGGUCUUACGGGUCCUCAGUUGUAUGGUAUGGUACGACAUGGCCUUUGCCUUUUUGCCCUGCAGUGGAAAGAACGGCAAAAUGUUUUGCUGCCUUUAAACAGCAGCUUCGCAAAGUAAAAAAUUAAAUCAAAGAGACUAGAGACAUAGUAUAAGCAAUAUAUUCCGCCAAUUGAAAAGCCCUUGCUGAGGACAACUGGGUGUGUUACAACAGGAAAACAUUAAAACAGGCAGGGCUGUUUCUUUAGGACCAGGAUUGAAAACCACUGGCUUUGAAAUCAGCUGGAUAAAAAUAUUAGGAAACAAAAUUCCUGGCCACAUAUCAGUGUCCACUGACCAUUGUUCAUUGGUCAUUUUAAAGAAUUGCUGGCUAGACCAACUGCAUAUAAUCGCUUGAUUCAUUGCCAGUUUGACCAUUUUCCAUAAGAAAUACAGCCAUGUUGUAGAGUGUUUUGCCACUCAGUCUAAAUAAUGGGGCAUGUUUUGGUGAUGUCAAUGCUUGCACUCUAUAUGCAGGACCAAAUGCGAGCCAGAUUAAGGUCCAUAGACACUUGAUGCAGGGGAUUCAAGUUUCUGUCUUUGUGAAGGAGCUGCUUUAUACCUUGCAUGAAUCUUGUGUUCAUGUCUGGAUUAUAUCUGGGUAUACAGAUAUAUACAUAUACAGCUCUGGAAAAAAGAGAGUUUUUGAAUCAGUUUCUCUGAUUUUGCUAUUUAUAGGUAAAUGUUUGAACAAAAUGAGCAUUGUUGUUUUAUUACAUAAACUACAGACAGCAUUUCUCCCAAAUUCCAAAUAAAUAGAUUGUCAUUUAGAGCAUGUAUUUGUAGAAAAUGAGAAAUGGUCAAAUUAACAAAACAUUUUAUCACAGUUUUCAUGCAUCUUGGCAUGAUCUCCUCCACCAGUUUUACACACUGCUUUUGGAUAACUUUAUGCCACUCCUGGUGCAAAACUUCAAGCAGUUCAGCCGUGUUUGAUUGCUUGUGAUCAUCCUUUUUCCUUUUGAUUACAUUGCAGAGGUUUUUAAUUUGGUAAAAUCAAAGAAACUUAUAAAUUUUAUAAGUUAUAAUUUUAAUUUUUUUUUUUUUUUUUUUUUUUUGCAUUUUUCUGCACCAAUAUGUUUUGACUGACCCAGUAAGUUUUGAUACGAAAGUAAAGACUAGUGGAGAAAAGGAGUGGGCAGUUUCACUGGUAUAGGACACUUGUCCUAUUAUUGUCCUAUUAUUUCAUAUAUGAUGGCAGACAUGAAAAAAGUCUGACGCUGUUUCAUUCAAAACCCGUCUGUAGACCACCUCCGAAAGUGGUUUGUGUAAUCCGAUCAUAAUCUGAUCACAAUGCCUGCUGGGUGUGCUUGCACCCGGCUUUUCAUGUGAUCAAUAGGAAACAGAACAUGGUCUACUUAUUUAAAACACUUGUUGAUGCAAGGUGUGAACAGCGUAAAUAAUGGGUCUGGUUCUUCAAGGGUGGGUGUGGAAGAAUCAGUUGUUUGGUGUCUGUUGACAGGAAAGAAUGACAUUCAGUGACAAUCAAUGUUUGGUAAUCUCGAUUUAGUCAAAAACUGAAUUUGAUUACUGUCCCUUUUGUGUUAUGGGUCACAUAACCCAAAAAAGUUCUAUUUUUUUUUAGAGUGUGUUCCCAUAAAUUGCAGUGUAGUCUUGGGAAUGUCAUUUUGGAGGCUAAGGAGAAUAUUUUGUAUGCAUAAUGCUGGGAUUAAGCAGAAGAACAGCCAUAGCAAGUUAACACAGGAUGAGGAACACAGGUCACACCAUGUUUACAGAUUACAUCAUAUCCAUCUUUUACAUAUACAGUAUACUGCCCUCAUUCUGCAACAUACCAGGUACUUCCUUAAAAACAAAAAAGCAAAGAACCCUUCUGGCCAAUGUGGGACUCUUCUUUAACUCUUUAGAACCGAUAAUCAAACUGACUAACCUGACUCAGCUCUUACUGUAGUGAUGAUUUUUGUCUGGUAUCAAUCAGUAAAUUCCUGUUUUUAUUUUGUUUUUUUUUGUAUUAUUUUUUUGUGGCAGUGCAAUCAUGUGAGGUCCAGUCAAUUUCACGUAUGCCUUUUCAUUUAAUUUGUUAAGCAAGUAUCAUUUUGCUGUUAUGUGACUGAAUUCUUAAAUGUUUUAUGUGUAUUGUCAGUUGAACACUGAUAUCUGUAAUGCAUCAUUUUUAAUUAUGUGUAGUUUAUGUCUCAGCUCUUUGUGCCUUAGAGCAUAUGGUUGUCCCUUCCUCUGAUCUCUGACAUGUGCAAACUUAAGUCAUUAGCACUUCUUAAAGCUUUAAUCAGUAUGUUGAAAUUGCUUUCCUUACAUUAAGACAAAGAUGAGGCCUAGUCCUAUAUUGACUGAAUAUAAACUGUGUUGAGGCAUUGACUGAAUCCCUGUCAAACACCAGCCUGGAUCAUUAUAUCUGUUGCUUUUUAGUGAUUCACUGCUGCUAGUCUCUGUAAAAGUAUUGUAUAUUUGUAUGUAGAUAAAUAAUUUUAUCAUAAAGUGCUGCACGCAAUACAUUUAA